GCGACCGAGCGCAGGCGGCGCGGGCGGAGCAGAAAACGAGGGGUUGCUUUUCUUUUCUCAUUUUUGAAAGCCCUGCCUACCACACAGCUGCUCUGGACAUCCAGUUCCUUGAUGGAUGAAGACAGCCAACUGAUCCAGCCCCAAGACCAGAGCUGCUGGGCCAGUCUGCCCGAUGUGUGCCUGCGUCGUGUUUUCUGGUGGCUGGGAGACAGGGACCGGUCCAGAGCCGCCCUGGUCUGCAGAAAGUGGAACCAGAUGAUGUUCUCGGCUGACCUCUGGCGAUACAGGACCAUCACGUUCAGCGGGAGGCCCUCCAGGGUACACGCGUCUGAAUUCGAGUCAGCUCUUUGGUACGUCAAGAAGUUUGGUCGUUAUCUGGAGCACCUGGAGAUCAAAUUUCUGAACCCUUACAACGCCGUUCUGACCAAGAAGUUCCAGGUCACCAUGCGAGGCCUCCUGUCGUGUCUAGGCAAGAGCAACAACCGUCUGAAAUCUCUGUCCGUCCAGCAACUGGAGCUGGACCGCCUGGUCUGGAGGAACAGCAUCCGGAGCUCCUUCAUCAAAAGCUUGAGCUUCUUCUUAAAGAAAGUGGGCAAGCACCUGGACUACCUGAACCUGAAGGGGGCCCGGCUGACCGUGGAGCAGGGCUGCGUGGUGCUCAACUCCCUGAGCUACUUGCGGAGUGAGAACACGGUGUCGCAGCUCAACAUCGAGGACUACUUCAGCCACCACCUGGCCGUGUACAGCAGUGCCCAGUUCAACAGGACCAUGGCCACAUUCCACAGCCUGGCGUCCCUGACGCUCAAUUACAACUGCAUCUCGGACGAGCUGCUCGAGAACCUGUGUGAGAACAAUGCCGGGACCCUCUGGACCAUGAACAUCAAAUGCCACGUCCACGACCCCCACGGGCAGGUCAUCUGGGGCAUGUCCUGGGCCAAGCUGGCCAGGCACGCCACCAACCUCAAGGUGAACUUCUUCUUUGAGCGGGUCAUGAAGUACGAGCACCUGGCCCGGAUCCUCUUGCAGGAGAUCCCGAUCCGGAGCCUCAGCCUGAGGAGCUGCUACUUCAGUGACCCCGACUGGUCGAUGAGGCCCACGCUCACAGAUCUCCUGCCCACCUUCCGGCACACUCUGCAGAAACUGACGUUCGAGUUCAACAACAACCACGAGUCCCUGGACGAGGAGCUGCACCUCCUGGUCUUGUCCUGUAGGAAGCUGUUCUACUUCAAGAUCUGGGCUUUCCUGGACGUCAGGUUUGUGGAGCGGAUCCUGAAGAGUCAGGAGGAAGGGCAGUGUUCCCUGCGCACUCUCAAGGUAAGAAUUUACACGAACAGGUACGAGACCAAUGACGAGGACAGGACGCUGCGCGAGAUCCACAGGAAGUACAGAAAGCUCAUCGACGCGGAGCUCAACUACUUCGUCAUCGCGUACCCCAUGAUGUAGCGAGUGCGCUGCGAGGGAGGCCCCGGCGCCCACCCCUCCCCCUUCCUCCAGGCUCCUUUUUGCCAGUUCAACCCCAGCUGACGCCCGGAAGGCUGGGAUCGCUGGUGGUGGGACCUUAAAGUGCUAUCUUUACCAAC